AUGGACCUCAAUGCAUCGCAACAACGGACACGUUGUACAACAGGGUCAGCUGAUCUGAGGAUUGUCCUAUUGGGCAAUACAGGAGCUGGAAGGAGCAGCACAGCCAAUAGCAUUCUGGGAGAGAAGGUGUUCAAGACCUCUUGCUCUGCCAACUCCCAAACAGUAGGAUGUGAGGCUAAAACAAAAACGGUUGGUGGGAGGAGCAUCACUGUGAUUGACACACCAGAGUUUCUUGAUAAUAAGAACCCUGGUGAAGCACUGAACCCCAAAAUAGUGGAGUGCAUCAGAGAAUGUUCCGCCAGACCUCACACCUUUGUUAUGGUGUUGAAAACUUCCAAGCAAACAGCAGAGGAGUUACGAGUGAUGAAGAGGUUUGAGGACUGCUUUGGAGAGGAGGCUCUGAAGUAUGUUAUUGUCCUCUUUACCCACGGAGACCAGCUCGACGACCGCACGACCAUCGAGCAGUGUGUGAAUAAAAAUGAACGCCUGAAAACACUUGUCCAAAAGUGUGGAAACCGGUUUUAUGUCAUCGAUAACAAAUACUGGAACAAUCCCACUGAAGGCCACAAUGAUGAGAGAAGCAACGCUGCUCAAAUCAAAAAGCUGCUGAACACGAUUGAUCAGAUGAUGAAGCAGAACAGAGGACAGGACUACACCGAAGAGAUGCUCAGAAUUGUGGAAAAGGCACAGUCUGGGGGUCAAGCAAAACCAGUGCAGAAUGUGAUGAAAAUGUUUUUGAAAACAGGAGCAGGGGUUCUGUUAUUUCUUACUGCAUGGAGUAACGGCGUCCGGGAGACCGCUGAGGGGAUCCCUCUUCAAAGCAGGAAGAGGGAUGUGGUCCUGCGUCUCCACCAGAUUCUGCAAAGUAGGGAAAAAGUUAUCAACAGUUUUCAGCAGCUCUCCUGCAGCCCAAAACCCCCUCUCCUCAAGGGAGACAAAAGGCCUCCUUUUAAGCUCCCAGCCAUUUCCCUGGAGUGGCGGCAGCUGUGUUGCCUCAUUGAUUGCAGGUGUGUUGACUGCAAAGGAGAGAGUUGGGGAAUUUCCAGUUUGCCGCUCUCCAGGGUCCUGUGGCUGGGCUUCAUAGUGGGGCGCUGUCCCGGGUCCUGA